GGUACCAUUCCACUUUGGGAAUCAGAACAAUCAAUCGACGGCCACUAGCCAUAAAAGGGAGUUGCAGGAACCGACGCAAGUCGGAAUCUCGGUUAGCGUUAGCAGAGAAGAAGUAUGGAGGGUUGGGAUCCGAAUACCAAGUCGACGCUUACCCAAAUCCCUCUGCUAACGACGAAAGCCGGGCCCAGAGAUGGUGCGCCAUGGACGCAGAGGUUGAAGGAGGAGUACAAGGCAUUGAUCGCUUACACUCAGAUGAACAAGUCAAAUGACAACGACUGGUUCAGGAUAUCGGCUGCGAAUCCAGAGGGAACACGAUGGAUCGGAAAGUGCUGGUACAUCCACAACCUUCUCAAGUACGAAUUCGAUCUUCAAUUCGAUAUUCCUGUUACGUAUCCGUCCACCGCGCCAGAGCUCGAGCUGCCUGAGCUGGAUGGAAAAACACAGAAGAUGUAUAGAGGCGGAAAGAUCUGCUUAACCAUUCAUUUCAAGCCCCUCUGGGCGAAAAACUGUCCUAGGUUUGGAAUAGCUCACGCUCUUUGUUUGGGACUUGCACCAUGGCUUGCUGCUGAGGUUCCAGUUCUAGUCGAUUCUGGUAUGAUCAAGCACAAAGAUAACACAACAUCAACCAGUGAAUCUUAGCAGGUAUAUAAACUUGUCAUGGCCAUAAAACUGAAACUUUUGACCUCGUCAAUUUCUGGACAAUUGGAAAAUAAACAUUUCAGCUCCCCAAUGUUGUAAUUUAGAGGUUGUCUUUCGACUUCCCAGCCCACAAAGCAACUGCAUACACAUAGCUAUAUAUUUUACUGGGAUUCAGUUCAUAAAUGUUGCUACAUCAGCUAAUCA